AUGCCUCACACCGAGAAUCGCACGAACGGAAGGGCCAACAGCCAUGCGGCCCAUGCCAAUGGCAAGUUCAAGCCACUCACAGUCGAGGAACUGGCUGUCUCGCCCAACCUCCCCGCGCAGGUCCCCGGACUUCUCGACGAAAUCGCCUUUUCCGGCAAGGAAUUCCUCAGCGCACAGCCACAGGCCAGACUGAAAUUGCUCGAGGCCGCCAGGUCCCUGGUGUAUGCUCUUGAGACUCCUCGCGAAGCGAUCAUUCGCCACUGCUGGGCGGAGUCCACGAGUUACGCUGCCCUUGAGACGGCGGUCGGACUCGAUCUUUUCAACGCGCUCGGAACGGACAAUGAGUCUAAGACGGUCGCGGAGUUGGCGGAGGUAACGGGCGCAGAGCCGGAGCUGCUUGGUCGCAUGAUGAAGCACCUCGCUGCCAUGGGCGUGAUCCAAGAGACCGGAUGCGAUGAAUACUGCCCAACUGGCUUCUCUAAGGUCCUGACGGUCGAGAAGUAUAGCGACGCUUUUCCACUAAUGACAUCUCGGUUUACCAUGGGUAUUCUUGCCCUCCCCGCCUUCCUGGAGAAGACGAACUAUCGCAAUCCGACAAGUGCCGCAGAGACCGCAUUCCAGCUGGGAUAUAACACGGACAUGGGCUUCUUCGGGCACGUUCAGCGAGAGCCGAUCACAGCGAAACGAUUCAACAACCACAUGGGAGUUUACGCUCAAGGUCGCGCCCGCUGGAUGGACCCGGGAUUCUAUCCCGUGCAAGAGCAGCUCAUCGACGACGUCGAGAUUGGUCAAGACGAUGUCCUCAUGGUCGACGUCGGCGGUAGCUUCGGCCAUGACAUACAGGACUUCCGCCAGAAAUGGCCAUGCGUUCCAGGCCGCCUGGUGCUCCAGGAUCUUCCGCAAGUCGUAUCGUCCGUCAAGGGUCUUCACCCCUCAAUUGAGGUCACAGGGCAUGACUUCUUCACCGAGCAGCCAGUAAAAGGGGCUCGGGCGUACUACAUGCACUCGGUGCUACACGACUGGCCGGAUGACCUCUGCCGCAAGAUCCUCGCCAAUCUAGUAGAGGCCAUGAAGCCGGGGUACAGCAAACUCCUGGUCAACGAAAACGUGAUCCCGGAUACAGGGGCCUACUGGGAAACAACAAGCCUAGAUCUGAUCAUGAUGCAGAUCGGCUCGGGGGAGCGAACCGAGCGGCACUGGCGGAACCUCCUGGGGUCGGCUGGGCUGAAGAUCAACAGCAUCUGGACGGCCCAGCGCGGGGUAGAGUCGUUGAUUGAGUGUGAGCUGGCGUAA